AUGGCCAUGAUGCUGGACGACACGGCCGAGUCGAGCGAAGAGCGGGGCCGUGCGAUCGUCCAGACACUGGCGGUCGUGGUCGAGUCCAUGGUCCACGCGAGCGACCGCAUGCCCUUGGGGUACUACCACAAGACAAAGUUUGAAGCGUUUCGCGCGCCCGGCAUCUCGGUGCGGGACUACCUCCUGCGGAUCCACAAGUACGCGAGCUGCAGUCCCGAGUGCUUCGUGCUGGCGCUCGUGUACGUCGAUCGACUGCAUCAGAUGCAGGGCUUUGUGCUCACGGAGCUCAAUGUGCACCGCGUGGUGAUCACGAGCAUCGUGCUGGCCGCCAAGUUCUUUGACGACCAUUACUUUAACAAUGCCUACUACGCCAAAGUCGGCGGGGUGCCGUGUCCCGAGAUGAAUGAGCUCGAGGUCGAGUACUUGCUCCUGAUCAACUUUAGUCUCCACGUGAACAGCGAGACGUAUGCGCGGUACUACAACGAACUCGCCAACCAUUACAUGUACACGCGCGUGCGCAGCUCGGCACUGCCCCACUCGCCGUACUAUCAGCUGCGCCACUUUGUUGCACCCGACCCGCAACUGGAAGGACAGCUCGUGUACGUGACGGAGAGUUACCCGAAGGUGCACCCGCCACAGGACCAUCGACGCAGCCACCCGGUGCCGCUGCAUCAGCCCAAUCAGCUGCGACACACGAUCGGUGUCCAGAACACUCACCAUCAUCACCAUCAUCGCCGAACCGUUGAGGACAAUGGGAAUAAUGCCACGGCGACGGCGGCAGCAGCAGCAGCAGGCAAUGCGGCAACAGGGACUACCAGCAAUGGCAUUGUGCACACAAAAUCAAGUCGGGCAUCCGGCCAGAAACGAAGGAGUGCUGUCGCUCUGGGGGUCAACGCGUAA